AUGAAAGUACUGAGACUACGUAUUAUUUUAAUGAGGAAUAUUUCGGUGAUCUGUUUACAGAUUGAUGAAUACUACUAUGGACUUCGAAUAUUUCCUGGUCAAGACCCGGCAAAUGUUUGGGUGGGAUGGGUGACACCAAAGUAUCAUUUUCAUGCGAACAAUUUCAACGCUAGUGAAGCGGUCCGGCGUUGUCGCUUUCAAGAAAUCGAUCAGUAUGGAGGUUCAAUGCAAAGUUUGGAAUACCGUAAUUGCUACAUGAUGAACGCUGCCUCACUGUUGGAAGCUGUGCCUGAUACUGGAAAUGCGAAAGUUUCCGGUAUUUUGAUCGGUUGUAUCAUAGAUACGUCGAUUGGUGAACUGUCAUUUCUGGCGGCUGGACAAGACACUGGAAUCAGAUUCAAAUUGGAACCAGGUGCGAUGCUUUAUCCGGCCGCGUUCGUAGCACCGACAGCUUCGGAGAUUCUACAGUUUGAACUUGGGCGCAUUAGGUACACGUUCCCGUUAUCAUCGGCAAUGUUCAAGUCAACACGCAAGAGUUUAGUACCUUUCUGUCCGCCACGGCUCACCGUCGAGAAACUACAACCGUAUAAUUGGGCGAGAGUACCGAAUGAAUGCCUCCGAACCACAGCACUGAAACUUUCGGAUGUUAGAGGUUGGUCGGUGCUGUGCGAUGAUCCGGUGCGCAUAAUGUCCGUUUAUGUACCAGAAAAAGAUAUGAGUUUCGAUAUUUUGGAGAUGAUCGAGAAACCGAAUUAUUUGCAAUUUCAUCGUCAAACGCUGAAUUUGUACUGUAAACUCGCUGCACACGGCAACCAAAAAGUGGCGCAUAUUCUGUGUGGCCACGUUGACGAAGAUCAAAUCAUGUACGCGAUCAAGAAUCAUUAUCUGUCUGGCCCAAUGCGUCAAGGCUUUCAUGACUUCUUGAUAGCCGUCCAUCUGAAAACGCACGUCGACGCUCGCAUAUCAGCUGCUCAUGAGUACGUUGUUCCGUUGGUGCCCGAACUUACGACGAAGAAUGUCUUCAAUCCGAGUUCAGAAGAUCGUUUCCCACAAAUCUGCGGUAAAUCGGUUUCAAUUCGACCAAUUAUGGUCUGUAGUGAAGUGCAAACAAAGUACGUUCAAUGUGAUAGGGAGAGUGCUGGUGCAUCAUAUGGGCAAACAGGUGAAAGUGUCGAGGUAUCGAAUUUCAGGCCGCUUUUCAAGCUGUUCAAUUCACUUAUGAUAGUUGGCUUGAUUGAAGACGAUGAUUUGCGAUAUGUUAUGAAGCUAAUACAUCCGUCAGCAUUCGAUGAAAACUAUGAACCAGGUCAGUUAGCUAGUCAUGAAGCAAUUGUUCAUGAGUAA